AGACUCCUGGUACUCAAGUUCUGGACUACUUUGGAGAACUUGAUCCUGAGACUUGAGCGCUAUGUCUUACCAACAGCAGCAGUGCAAGCAGCCCUGCCAGCCUCCUCCUGUGUGCCCAAAUCCCAAGUGCCCUGAACCUUGUCCUCCUCCUGUGUGCCCACCUUCAAAGUGCCCUGAACCUUGUCCUCCUCCAAAGUGCCCUGAGCCUUGUUUUGAGCCAUGUCCCCCUCCCUCAUACCAGCAGAAAUGCCCUCCUGUGCAACUUCCUUCACCAUGCCAGCAGAAGUGUCCACCCAAGAGCAAAUGAAUUCCUCAGCAUCAUCAAGACUCAGAGAAGAGAAGGAACUCCAUCUCAUGUACCUCCAUAGUAACACCUGUAUCUUCCCUUCAAAUUUUGUCACAGAUGUCGAAGAAUUUGCUCCAUGCAGCAUCUUCUUCUACAUGCUAGUGAUUAUCUCUGAUAGGGAAGGCAUGUACCUGAGAUGAUAAUCCUGCUGCUGUAAAGGGGCUGCUGAGAAUGAUCCUUCUUCCAUGGUUGAGGAGGCCAUUUUUCAAAUCUCUGUGUCACUUGGGCAAGCUAGUUGUCACUGUUGUUUCAUUUCCUGAAUAAAGUACUAUCUUGUUGAAGGU